UGUAGUGCAGCAUGGAUAUGCACAUGCAUAUGCACAUUCAUGUGGGUGAAGCAAUAUGGUCCUGCCAAUGGUUUCUCGAUUAAUCGAUUAGUUGAUUGAAAGAAAAUUAAUUGGCAACUAUUUUGAUAAUCGAUUACUUAUUUAAGUCAUUUUUCAAGCAUAAAUGGGAACCAUGCUCUGGCUUUGUCAUGUAUGACAGUCAAUGUUUUGGACUGUUACAACAAACAUAUUGAAGAUAUCACAGUGGCUGUAAUACGGCAAAAAAUAAAAACAAUAAAAUUAAUGAAUGCAGCAGUGCACCAGCAAAGGCAGGAAAAGCUUUUCUACUGAUAGAUGCAGACAGAAACUACAUCAGAAUACUUCAGGGGUGUUGGUUAUCAUUUAUUGUCCAACACGGACUCAAGAAAACAGUAACCUGCCACUUUCCACUCCUCUUUCUGUACUCUCUCUUUCCUGGCCCCACUCCUCCUCAGGCUGACUCAUAUUACAUAAGACCUGUCUUCUUGAGGCUGUCAACCAAUAAACACAUAAAUGAUAACCUGUGAUCAUGAUGUUUGUCACUAGUGACAUUAUUUGUGUUCACAGCAGUUAAUAUGUUUAAAAGUUCAUACUAAGUUCAGAGACUAGUUCUUACUUCCUUGCACCCGUAUUUUCCCUUCUUCCAGUGGUGAGACUGGCUUUCUUGGAGUAGUGGAAUCACCCAAGGUACAUUAGCUUUUGAGCGAUUGCCAGAGCAGCAGCUGUAUGUGACCAUCCGGUUGCUUCCGUCUGCCAUUGACACGCCAGGUCACAUGUUCAAACAAGAUGGAUGCCCAAGAUGCAGUAAAUUUUGUGGAUUAUUACAUUAUUACUUCUGAGCACAUAUUUCUGCAACACAAAAGCUGAACAUACACUUCACUCAGUUUGCCCUCCUAUUCCUCCAUCUUCCCUGCAUCCAUCCACUCCUCCAUCCUUGCACCCCUAAAGCAUCUCCAUCCCUCACAACCUGACAAUGUCAAGCCUCGUUGCCCUCCAUGGGUGUGACAAAGCGCGCCAGGUCCACCACCUGCCCUGGCCUGCGCCGCCUCUCUGCCAGCCAAGGAAACUCAUGCCUGGGCACUCUGGGCAGCAACCCAGCCUUUCACAUCCAGGUCCAGGGCCAAGAGACAGGGGCCAACAGCUGGCGGUGUGCAGAAGGAGCCUGGAGGCUUCCACAGCAGAUGAAUCACCACGGAUUAAUAUUUAACUCCAGACUCCUGCUUCCCUCUAGCAUCUCUCCUUCCUCCCCCUCUGUUCAUACCACCUUCCUUCUCUCUCCAUCCAUCACUCCAUCCGCCAGUCCUGCAGUUGUCACGACAACCUGCGCGCCUGGCUCAUGGCUGCCCUCCAAGCCCAGACAAAGCUGUCGUCGAAUGAACCAGGCGUGUGUCCACCGGACCUGAGGGGUGCCGCCACCGCUAACAAAACACACAAAGACCCUCGUCCCUGGCACUGGCCGUCACCCCGUCUACCCGCUAUCCUGCCCCUCCCACACACCGCUGCCUGCUGCUUUGUGCCUGAUCCAAGAAGAGGAAGUUCCUCUCAUCUCCUUUUCAAGAGCUGCUGCUUCUUUUCCCCCCUCACGCUGCUGCUUUCUUUGAUGUAAAGAUGGUUUGUCAGGCCUUAUGGACAAAUAAAUGGACAACUGACCGGCCCUGGCUGGACUCUAGCAGCUUGUGUAAUGCACCAAGGAGCAUAAGAGAAUCCCGCCGCACCGCCACCCCUCCACCCACAUCGGCCCACUUCUGGGCAACAUGCCACAGUCCUGGCCUCCUCCAUCACAUCUGCUGAUGAUAAGUUUAAUUUCAUUCAAUUGCCGGUCAUUAAUGAAUAAUGAUCCGCAGCCCGUUUAUUUGCAGUGCCAAGGCAAAAAUUUGACGUCUACAGUAAUUGUUUACCUCCUGUAAAUCAAUGUGAUGUUGCUUUCCUGUCGACACACACACACACACACACCUCCUCCGCCCUGUCCCCGACUGAUGAUGUCAGAGGUGGUUUGUGGGUUUUCGGGUUGGAGGCAGCGUAUGGCUAAGUGACUGCGAGAGCCCCCAGUAAUCCCUCUGUUCAGGAUGGGGCCGGCUGGGGCCCAAUGAAAGAUGUAAUAGGAUCCCUCUGUAUGCCUGCUUCCCCCGCAUGGUUAGAGAUUAACACUAGUGUCAUAUUCGGCUCUGUCUACCAGAGCUGGACCUCUCUGUCACACUUCCUAACAAGUCUGAACGUUUCACACGCUCAAGACCAAAUAUCUACAUAGAUUACUGCCAUGUUUACUCAUGAUUCAUGAUAGCGAUGAUAAAAUUUAGAGGGACAAGUCUUUUUUUUUCACACAGGAACAUGUUUUAUGUAGUUGUCAUACUUUGAAUAUAUAUUUCGAUGAAUUAUCUAUAAUUAAAGAUGUACUGAAAUGUGCAGGGUUGGGGCUUUAAGUGUAUUUAAAGUAUUGAUUGAUACAGGCGAGCAGCCAAAAACAGUCCUAACCAAAGGCUUCCCUCCUGUGUCUUACUUAUUUUUCCAGGUCUGUCUUCUCUGCCAGAGAGCAAAGGGCCUACAGCAUAAUUUCCUUCUGGCUGAUGAUGUCUGUGGAAAAACAGAACAACAGGAGAAGAGAAGGCGCUGGUUGAAGGCAGCUGAUGCUGUGUCAAACCCCUGAGAGAAAUGGUGACUUUCCCCCCCCAACGUCACGUCACAAGGCUGAACACACAGGAUGGAUUAGCGUAACGUUCAAAGUGUCAGUCAAUCAGGGCUGGGAGGUACAGAUCAGCCACAAGCCAAACGCUACUGGUGGUAAAGGUUUAUAUAUUCUACCAGCUGCUUGGGCAAGGAAGCAGCCAUCAUCUGGGGGAACAGUUUCACCCUGAAAAUGAAAAGAGUCCAUGUGGCACACUUCAGCCGUAAAGCCUGAGAAAUAUAUGUCUUUGACCAUCACAUGGAGCUCAACAAAAAAGCUCAAAGAUCUCCUCUCUCCUGCCUCUCCUGCAGUACAUUACGAAGACUUGCCCCACUACGGGAUGGACGGGGUGGGUAUCCCGACCACCAUGUACGGAGACCCGCACGGCGCCCGGUCCAUGCAGGCGGUGCACCUCAACCACGGGCCCCAGCUGCACUCCCACCAGUACCCGCACACCGCCCACACCAACACCAUGCCUCCCAGUAUGGGCUCCUCCGUUAACGACGCUCUCAAGAGAGAUAAAGACGCUAUAUACGGGCACCCCCUGUUCCCCUUGCUUGCACUGAUUUUUGAGAAAUGUGAAUUAGCGACUUGCACCCCCAGAGAGCCCGGGGUGGCGGGAGGAGACGUCUGUUCAUCGGAAUCUUUCAAUGAAGACAUAGCAGUGUUUGCAAAACAGAUUCGGGCAGAAAAACCUUUAUUUUCAUCGAAUCCAGAAUUGGAUAAUCUGAUGAUUCAAGCCAUUCAAGUUUUACGAUUUCAUCUUCUGGAGCUGGAGAAGGUACACGAGCUGUGUGAUAAUUUCUGUCACCGGUACAUCAGCUGCUUGAAAGGCAAGAUGCCCAUCGACUUGGUCAUAGACGACAGAGAGGGCGGGUCCAAAUCAGACAGCGAGGAAAUCACAAGAUCUUCUGUGGCCCUUGAUCAGACGUCCUGGAACAGAGAUCAUGAUGACACGGCGUCCACACGCUCUGGAGGCACACCGGGACCGUCCAGCGGCGGACACACAUCACACAGCGGCGACAACAGCAGUGAACAGGGUGAUGGCCUGGACAACAGCGUGGCUUCACCGAGCACAGGGGAUGACGAUGACCCAGAUAAAGAAAAGAAACGCAACAAGAAGAGAGGGAUCUUCCCUAAGGUGGCCACCAACAUCAUGAGAGCAUGGCUCUUCCAGCACCUAACACAUCCCUACCCUUCAGAAGAACAGAAGAAACAGCUGGCGCAAGACACAGGCCUCACCAUCCUACAAGUGAACAACUGGUUCAUUAACGCGAGGAGGAGAAUAGUCCAGCCCAUGAUCGACCAGUCAAACCGUGCAGUAAGUCAAGGAGCUCCCUACAAUCCAGAUGGCCAGCCGAUGGGGGGCUUCGUCAUGGACGGCCAGCAGCACAUGGGAAUCAGACCACCUGGACCAAUGGGUGGAAUGGGCAUGAACAUGGGCAUGGAAGGUCAGUGGCACUACAUGUAGCCCCGCCCCGGUACAACCAAUCGCAACACAAAGGGGGAUAACUGCAGGGCAUACCAGGGGAUCACCUGUCACACAGAGGCCUACGGAUCACGGGAACAGGAUUCCCUGACUUCCUGACGACAAUAACAACAACCUCUCUGUCCACAUCAAAGACCCAACAACAUUUUAAACGGCUGAUAAUCCUCGUCUAUGUAUCCAGCGACGGUGAAGCACAGAAGAUCAAACCUCACUCAACCCAGAUGACCCCCUGUCCUGACAGACCCCUGCUUCUUCUCUGGUGGGCACCUGACUUCGUCCCCUCGCCGCUGCCCACCAGGUUCACAUGGAUUCCUCCAUUAAUACUGAUUGCGAUUGCGAGCAUUAAUGACAUGCGAGAGACACACUGGGUCCUUUGCCUGUACCUUUGGCGAAUGCGGCACCUGGUGAUAUAUUCUAGACUCUUUGGCAAACAAAAGAGACUUCCUGUGAAGAGCACUCCACUCUUUGGGACGAUGGAAUUGGACCAAGGAGAAGCCAAUGUCUGUAUCUGACAGGACACUAACAAAACAAAAGAGGUGCCCUAUAAAAAAUAUAGUGGAUUGAAACAUGGAAGGCGGGAAAGCAAGAGAAAAGAAAUUAAAAGUAUAACUAUAUCAAACCCUAGUUUGGGAAACGAGUGGAGAAAGAAAAUAUACUGUAUACUGUUGUAAAACUACGCUGGACUCUCACAAGAACUGGGAAUUUAAGUAUUGUAAAUGCUAUUGUAUUGUUCUGCAUAUUAUGUUGUUUCUAAUAGAUUUUUUAAAAAAAGGAUGUGAACUUUUUUCUCUUUUUUUCUGGUUUCUUUCCACACUAUGUGUGUGCCGUCUCUCCAUAAAAUUUGACCUCCUGCCCCCCCCCCUCCCUCCCAUUGAAUCACGAUGCAUUUUUAAAAGAAAAAAAAAGUGAAUAAACGGACAAUUCGAUCAGUCUGUCAUUUCUCGCAAGCCUUUAUUUGGAUGGUAAGAGAGAGAGUGUGAUGGUGAUUCAGAUGUCCUGUUUUUUUUUUUACAUACACACAGCCUACAUCCACGCACAUGCAGGGUGCAGCUAACUUGUAUUACUGUUGCUGUGUCUAAACCUUGUAACUCCAAUUUUGGUGCUUUUUUUUUUUUUUUUUUUUAAAUGAUUUCAUAUCAGUUGAUUAUAUGUUCCUCUACUGGUAGAAAGUUUUUAUUGGUAUAGAAAAUGAUCUGACCUUUUAGAGUCAUGAAACUCUUAUAACUCAUUGGAUUAACUCCAAACACAUGACAAGCUAAACAGUUUUUGAGAAGCUAACAUUUUGGAUAUACAAGGUUUUUUAAUCCUAUCGCCAUUGUUCAGUUUUUCAUUUUAUCCAUUUUAUACUCUGUUCACAUGAAGGCAAACACACAAUGGAAAACAUGGAUAAAAUCACGACAGGCUAACAAACAUGAUGUGGGGUUUCAGUAAAUGCUCACAAACAAUCUAAAAAAAAACACAUCGGAUGGGAAACUACAAGUGUCUGCCCCGCAAACAUGCUUCCUGUUUUUUUCCUCCGUGUGUGUCUAUGGCUGAGGACUGCUGAAAGUCUCUUUCAGUGUCCUAUUGAUAUGUUUUAUGUCACAAGGCUGAGCACUCGCAUGGCCAAUGGAUUGUCUUCCCCUCAGUGUUUGAUGCGGCCUGAUAACGGAGAGGCAGAGGUUAUGGGAAAACACCAUUUAUACCACAGUCCAUUCAUUUUGAUUUAACCAGAUGAUGUAAUGCUGAUCAACAGACAGGAGAGAAUGUAAAAGUCACUCUGUACAUGUGUGUGUUUGAGUGUGUGUGUGUGUGUGUGUGUGUGUGUGAUGCAGUAUGCAUGUGAGGGGGAACUUGUGAGUGUGUGUGUGUGUGUGUGUGCAUAUGUGCUUGUGUGGGUUAUCAAUGCAUCCAUUAUCCAUUGCUUCAAACAUGUAUUACGCACAUCUUUAAGAUUCCUUUGAAGACAAGUCAUGUUUCUUAUGCUUUUGAAGGGUAUAUAUGUACAUCUGUGUUGUAAAUAAAUACUUUUUGUUCAAAUAACAGAA